AUGCAGCGUUGUAUAAAGUGUGGUUCUUUGAUUGCCAUGGAGGAUAUGAAGGAGAUGGAAAAUGAAGGAUCACAGCUGACUCUGGAGCUCACGUGUGCUAAUGGCUGUAGUUACAGAUGGCAGUCUCAGCCUACUGUCAGCAGUACCAAGGGUGUUGGAAACCUGCUAUUGGCAGCGUCUGUGUUUUUCAGUGGCAUUCACUUUGCUAAAUUUGAACAGUUUUGUAAGAACAUGAACCUCAAAACAAUAAGCGAAGACACAUACACAACACUUAGGAAGAAGUAUGUGUUCCCAGCUAUUGAGAAGACAUGGGCCAAAGAACAGAAUGCAGUGUUGAGCAGUAUGAAGUCAAGAGAAGUUGUCCUCUGUGGAGAUGGCCGGUGUGACUCUCCCGGUCAUUGUGCCAAAUACUGCACCUACACUUUUAUAGAUGUGGAGAGUCAAAAAGUUGCAGACUUCAAAGUGAUAAGCUGCACCCAGGUUUCAAGCUCUAAUGCCAUGGAGAUCAGAGGUUUUAAGGAAGCUCUUAAAUCCAUAGAAGAAAAUGGAGUGAAGGUCUCUAGCAUUUCCACGGACAGGCACCCACAAAUUGUCAAAGAAAUGAGGGCCAGUAACCAAGAAAAACACCAUGAAUUUGACCCCUGGCAUGUGGCAAAAGGAGUGUUGAAAAAAAUGGCCAUUGCAGCUAAGAGGAAAGAAUGUGUGGGCCUGGGAGAGUGGAUACCAUCCAUUGUUAACCAUUUAUGGUGGAGUGCCCAAACCUGUGAGGGUAAUGCUGAGGUGCUGAAGGAGAAGUGGGUGUCAGUAAUACACCAUGUUACCAACCGGCAUGACUGGCCAGGCAACAAGCAUUACCAUAGAUGUGCUCAUGAGCCACUUGAUGAGCUGACCGAGAGAACGAAGCUUUGGUUGAGUCCAGGAUCUGAAGCCCACAAAGCACUGGUGAGGACUGUUAAAGACAAGCGACUUUUGAAAGACCUGGACCACCUGACAAAGUGCAUCCACACUACAACACUAGAGGUGUACCACUCCAUGUACCUCAAAUACCUUCCGAAGAGAACAUAUUUUGGAUAUGAUGAGAUGAUCCAUGCUUCCAUGCUUGCUGCUCUGGAUCAUAACAACAAUGCAAACAGACAACAGACUCAGCGGACACAAGCUGAUGAUGGAGACGGGCAGAAACAGAAAAACAUGGCUGCCACCGGAGCGAAGAUUGUGUUCACACUGUGA